CGUUAUCCGCUGCUGGAAAGAGGGAGGGAGGAAAGAGGGACGGCUGGACUCCAUUAAGCCGAAGCCUGCAGGAAAACUGUUUGGGAUACUUCACUUCUCCAGCGAGUUGUUCGGGGGGGAUUUCUUUCUGUUUUUAUCAUCUUUUUUUAAAUAAUACAUGAUAUAAAGAGGGGGGACUUGUUCCGUACCGUGUAGUCGACUCUUUUAGUGUUUUCUUUCUCUCGCCGUCUUUGUGAAGGAUGGCGCUGGACGGGAUCCGGAUGCCCGAUGGCUGUUACGCCGACGGGACAUGGGAACUGAAGAUGCAUGUCACCGACCUCCACAGGGACGUGUCGCUGAGGGUCACCGGGGAAAUCCACAUCGGCGGAGUCAUGCUCAAACUCGUGGAGAAGCUAGAUGUGAAGAAGGACUGGUCAGACCAUGCCCUGUGGUGGGAGAAGAAGAAGACAUGGCUGCUGAAAACCCACUGGACGUUGGACAAGUACGGCAUACAGGCCGACGCCAGGCUGCUCUUCACGCCGCAGCACAAGCUGCUGCGCCUCCAGCUGCCCAACAUGAAGCACAUGAAGGUCAAGGUCAACUUCUCGGACCGCGUCUUCAAGGCCGUGUCGGACAUCUGCAAAACCUUCAAUAUCCGCCACCCAGAGGAGCUAUCUCUACUGCGUAAGCCCCGUGAUCCCAAGAAGAAGAAGAAAAAGCUGGAGGAGGCGGAGGAGGAUGAUCUGGAGCUGGAGGGUCCGCUGUUAACCCCUGGAUCAGCCUCUGAGAUAAUAUACAUCGGACCUGUCAAAGGGAGCAUCUACUCCAGUCCAGGCUUGUACAGUAAGACUAUGACCCCCACCUAUGACUCCAGAGACGGCAGCCCACUGUCGCCCACCUCCGCCUGGUUUGGGGACAGCCCACUCUCCGAGGGCAAUCCCAGCAUCCUCGCUGUCAGCCAGCCAAUCUCCUCACCAGACAUCCUUGUCAAACUCUACAAGCCCCAGUCUCUUCUGGAUAAAGCCAAAAUCAACCAGGGGUGGUUGGACUCGUCCAGGUCUCUGAUGGAGCAGGAUGUAAAGGAGAACGAGGUGCUGCUGCUGAGGUUCAAAUACCACAGUUUCUUUGACCUCAACCCUAAGUAUGAUGCCAUCCGAGUGAACCAGCUCUACGAACAGGCCAAGUGGGCCAUCCUGCUGGAGGAAAUUGAGUGCACGGAGGAGGAAAUGAUGAUGUUUGCUGCCCUGCAGUACCACAUCAACAAGCUGUCAAUCAUGUCUUCAGACAACCACAUGAAUAACAGUGAGAAGGAAGUGGACGAGGUGGAUGCAGCCCUGUCAGACCUGGAGAUAACUUUGGAGGGAGGGAAGACGUCCAACACACUGGGUGACAUCACGUCUAUUCCUGAGCUAGCUGACUACGUCAAAGUCUUCAAACCCAAGAAACUGACACUGAAGGGCUAUAAGCAGUACUGGUGCACAUUCAAGGAUAUCACAAUUUCCUGUUACAAGAGUAAAGAGGAGGCACAUGGGACACCUGCUCACCAAAUGAAUCUUAGAGGUUGUGAGGUAACUCCAGAUGUUAACAUCUCGGGUCAGAAAUUCAACAUCAAGUUGCUAAUCCCCGUGGCUGAUGGCAUGAACGAGAUCUGGCUUCGGUGUGACACAGAGAAACAGUACGCCCACUGGAUGGCCGCGUGUCGCUUGGCCUCCAAAGGGAAGACCAUGGCCGACAGCUCUUACAACCUGGAGGUCCAGAACAUCCUGUCUUUCCUCAAAAUGCAACACAUGAACCCCGACCCUCAGUUCAUUGAGCCAAUCACCACCGAUAUCAACCCGGAAUGCCUGGUGUCCCCGCGCUAUCUGAAGAAGUACAAGAACAAGCAGCCAGGUUAUAUCAGGGACUUGAUUUCAGCCCGGAUCCUUGAAGCCCACCAGAAUGUGGCCCAAAUGAGUCUCAUCGAGGCCAAGAUGCGCUUCAUCCAGGCGUGGCAGUCCCUGCCUGAGUUUGGCAUCACUCAUUUCCUUGCAAAGUUCCAGGGUGGAAAGAGGGAGGAGCUGAUCGGCAUCACUUACAACCGCUUGAUCCGGAUGGAUGCCGGCACCGGAGAUGCUAUCAAGACCUGGCGCUUCAGCAACAUGAAACAGUGGAACGUCAACUGGGAGAUCAAACAGGUGACGGUGGAGUUCGCAGACGAGCCCAGUCUGGCUUUCAUCUGUGCCGAGGUGGACUGCAAGGUGGUCCACGAGUUCAUCGGCGGCUACAUCUUCCUGUCCACACGCGCCAAGGACCAGAACGAGUCUCUAGAUGAGGAGAUGUUCUAUAAGCUGACCAGCGGCUGGGUCUGAGCUGCUCCCCCACCCCAAAUCAGCGGGGGUCAACGAUUGUAGGUCAGGGGUCAAGGAGGGGAGUAGCUGGGUGUAGGGUGGGAGUUGGAACCACAGUGUAUGGGGGUUUAUUUUAUUCUACUAUUUCUCAGUCUUUUUAAUUGUUUGGAGCUGUGCUGAAGAGUCCAGAACAGCACCACUAUUGCCAUGGCUGACAACAUUUUUAUUUGUUAUAGUUAUAGUUUUUUUUUUUUUUUUUUUUUUUGCAUUAACGCUGAUUAAGGUCAUUUGUUACAACACUAAUAUUGUGGUGAAUGCAGUCCACGUGAACUUUUGAACCCCUGUGGUUGAGCAGAAGCCUUACACACAAUCCUGAACCGGGAAACUUCUUUGUUUUCUCCACGACAACCACCUGCCUCCUCUCCUCCUGGACUGAUGGCCAUCAACUUACGUCCAUGACAACCCUUUAAAACCAAUCAAACACCAGGUUUAAUCCCAAAGAAUCUUUUUUCCUUUUUUCCCCCUUCGCCUCUUCACUCUUCUUUCUCUCACUCCUGCUGCCUUUUUUUCCGCCUCUCUCUUCUAGAACUGGACUAACGGAGGUCAUUAAAACAUAUUAUGAUUGUGCUGCCGCAGAUACCUCCAGCUAUAUCAAAUUAUUUAUCCUAAAAGAUGGGUUUUAUCGAAGAGUCCGGUCAAAAAAAAAAGGGGGGGGGGGUAUCUAAACAGCAGUGGCCACUGAUCGCAGCACUACAUGUCCAUCCUAUCCGCUCUAUGAAGGGUUUAAUCUCUCUGAAGUCACAUGUAAGCACUUCUACAGUAUACAGUCCUGUUUAUGAAUAAGCUGUUGUUAAAUUUCCUUUUUGCUUUUUCGAUGUCCGUCGUCUCGUUUCAGAAGUCUUCUUCUCCGUGUCGAGUCUCUCUAUUGAAAUCUCGUUGUAUUAGCUGACAGGUGUGACAUUGACGAGCCUUAGUUUUGUUUUGUAUUUAACAGACCGCUAAUAGAGCAUGUCCGACAACACACUACAGUUCGGUGCGCUGGGAUGGGUGUCGUGUGGGUUUGAAAAUCUUUUCGUCCGUCUUAAAAAGGCCAUAAAUUCUUGUUUCAACACGACGCUACGUGACUCAACUUUUCUCAACUCCAGGCAGUCCUCUUUGAAUCAUCUGACCCGGAUGUGCACAUUCAGACAUUAUGUGCCAAAGUGCAUUCGUAUUCUUUGCCAAAUUUAUGGCUGUUGUUUUUUCCGACCACAGUUAUGAGUUGCUACAUCUCGGCAGCAUGUUUUUGAAACUGCAUCCAAAGAUUUGAAACCCCACCCGUGACAUCUCAUUGCUAAGUGCACGUACACUACAUAACAGGAGGGCUCAUCACUCCCUUGUUCCACCUUUUUUUAAACUUUAUUGCCAUUCUGUUUCUCACACCAUAUAGUAUUAUUAUUAUAAUUUUUAUCAUUACACACCAGCAAAAGGUCACCGAGUUUGAAGAAUGAAUAUGCAACGUUUUUUUUGUUUUGUUUUUCGUCUGUCCUCGGUAUGAAGGAUCAGUAAAUGAAGUAUUAUUUUUUUGUAACUAAUGUAAAAACACAAACAUUUUAUAGAAUUGUACAGUUUUUUUCUGCUUUUGGGGGAAAGAAAGGGGGUAAGCCAUCUGUCAACAUGUGUAGUAUUCAAAAUUGUGCCUGCUUAUGUUGUGGUCUUACUGAGUUUUCAGAUGAAGAUAUAUAUGAAUAUAUAUGAAGAUAACACUAGUCUCAAACUCCAGGUUUGAUUUAAGAUAUUUGUCGAGUACAUAUUAUAAUUUUUUUUUUUUUUUAAAUACAGAUGCGUAUGCCUUCUCAAUGUGCUCUUUUCUUGCAUUUCCGCUUCAUUUUAUUGAUUUUUCUUCUUUCUCUUCUACCACUUGUGGAUCACAACAUCCAUUCGUGGCCCUGAGUUGUGUUUUUUAGCUCGUUCUUGAGACCUGACAGUGAUACUUAACGUGCUUGCAAAUUUGAUUUGCUCGACGCCUUUUUUUAAAAAAAAAAUUAAAAAAAUACUUCACUUAUUUGUCUGGUUUUGUCACAACUGAAGUGUGCCAUUUUAAUAAUGUCCAUAUGAAGGAGACCCACAUUGUUUUAGACCCUGGAGUUUGAGACAAAUCAGCAAAAGUGAACAGAGGUAAAAGAAAUACCAAGCCUAGUCUGUUUUUAUUUUCUCUGAUGUUGUUUUUGUUUGCCUCCAGUGUCAGGAGCAGCGGUGCAUGUCCUGCUGUUCUGUUUGACUGUAAAAAAAUGCAUUUAUUUUAAAAAAUAAAGUAAUUUUUAU